CUGGGGAAGGAAGUAGCAGCAGCAACAGCAGCAGCAGCAGCAUCCAACCUCUCGCACCCUCGGUGAAGCGUAUACCACUGUCGUUCGUACUGAAUACCGUCGACCGACAAAACAACCAAUACCAAGCGAUCCUGAACUGAUACCACCACCCAUUACCUACCUAUGAUGUCCUCCAACAGCUCGGGCGCACUCCGCCUCCGCCGCAAGAAGAACGUGAAGAAGGGCAUUCAGUUCUGCUUGAUGGUCUGCGGCGCCUCGGGUACCGGCCGCACCACCUUCGUCAACACUCUUUGCGGCCGCCGAGUCCUCUCAGGCAAGGAUAGCGAUGACCCUACCAUUGCCCACUUGGAGGAAGGGGUGCGCAUCAAGCCCGUCACCGUCGAGCUCGAGCUAGACGAGGAAGGCACGCGCGUCUCGCUUACCAUUGUCGACACGCCUGGCUUCGGAGAUAGCAUCGACAAUGAAGCCUGCUUCGGCGAGAUCUCCACGUACCUGGAGAGGCAGUACGACGACAUCUUGGCGGAGGAGAGCCGGAUCAAGCGUAAUCCACGAUUUAGAGAUAACCGUGUGCACGUGCUGCUGUACUUUGUGCAGCCGACUGGCCACGGUCUGCGCGAACUCGAUAUCGAAUUGAUGCGUCGCCUCUCGCCACGCGUCAACGUCAUUCCCGUCAUCGGCAAGGCCGACUCUCUCACGCCCCUCGAGCUCGCGGAAUCCAAGAAACUCAUCAUGGAAGACAUCGAGCACUACCGCAUCCCCGUGUACAAUUUCCCCUACGACAUUGAGGAAGACGACGAGGACACCGUGGAAGAAAAUGCCGAGCUGCGCGGCCUCAUGCCCUUCGCGAUCGUUGGUAGCGAAGAAGUCUUCGAGAUGGAUGGCCGUCGUGUCCGCGCGCGUCAGUAUCCGUGGGGUGUCGUUGAGGUGGAAAACCCUCGCCACUCUGACUUCUUGGCCAUCCGCUCCGCGCUACUGCAUUCGCAUCUCGCGGACCUCAAGGAAAUCACGCACGACUUCUUGUACGAGAACUACCGAACCGAGAAACUGUCCAAGUCCGUCACGGACCCCAGCCUCAGCCAGUCAGGGAUGGAAGCCGAGUCCCUCGACCCGCAGAGUCUGGCUUCCCAGAGCGUGAGGCUGAAGGAGGAGCAGCUCAAGCGCGAGGAGGAGAAGUUAAGGGAGAUUGAAAUCAAAGUCCAGCGUGAGAUUGAGAGUAAGCGGCAGGAGCUGCUGGCGCGGGAGUCGCAGUUGAAGGAGUUGGAGAGUAGGAUGGUGAGGGAGCAGACGCCGGGUUCGACCAUGCCGGGGAGUAUGUUGAGUCGGGAGGACAUGGAGGACGAUGCUGAAGUGGGUGCUUGA